AUGUUGCCAUUAAACACCGUCGCCAAAGAGGGAUUUAAGAAAAUGAUCCGAACGCUUGACAGGCGGUAUGUUAUACCAUCCCGCACAUAUUUUUCCCAAGUUGCGAUAAAAGAGCUGUAUGAAAAAUGCAAAUCUAAGAUUGAAGCAGAGCUGUCUCACGUGGAAUACUAUGCAGCUACAACAGACUUGUGGUCCAGCAGGAAAACGGAGCCCUACAUAAGUCUGACGGUCCAUUUCCUCACAGAGGACUUCGAGAUAAAAAGUCGCAGUUUGCAGACGGCAUUUUUCCCGGAGAGUCAUACAGCCGAGAAUAUCGCAGAGGCCCUGAGAGAAGCGGUGACGGCGUGGGGCUUAGAUGAGACACAAAAUGCAGUGAAAAAGGAUGGCCGCAUUGAUCGUGCUGUAGGAGUCUGCAAGAAGCUGGUGAGCCACUUCUCUCACAGCUGGAAGGCCAGCGAUGCCCUGGCAAAAGCCCAGAAGGAACUCAAUCUACCAUCACAUUAUCUCAUCUCAGAAUGCCAAACAAGAUGGGGUUCCAGACAGAUGAUGAUCAGCAGGAUAUUAGAGCAGCAGCAGGCUUUAACUCAGGUCCUGUCUGCAGACAAGAAGUUGCGGCAUCUAAUUCCAACCUGGCAAGAUAUAGAUGUCCUGGAAUCUGUUAGAAAGUCACUGGGCCCAAUGCUGGAUUUCACCGAUGCACUUUCAGGGGAUGAAUACGUCAGUGUCUCCUUUGUAAAGCCAGUUCUUCAGCUCUUCAACACUUCACUACUGGAAAUGCGAGAGGAAGACACAGACCUGACCAAGAACAUAAAGAUGAUGAUGCUGGACUACCUCAAUGAGAAAUACGAAGAUGAUGAUUCUCAGAAGCUGCUAGAUAUGGCAUCUUUUUUGGACCCCCGGUUCAAGAUGGACUUCAUCAGUGCAGACAAGAAGACCCAAGUUAAGGCCAGUGUGGCAUCACAGAUGAUGGAAUGCCAGGAGAAAUCAAGCUGCAGCACUGACGUGGAGCCCAACGUUACCAGUGCACCCCCCCAGGCAAAGAAAGCAAAGAAGUCCUUGGGAAGCUUCUUUAAACAGAGUGAAACCGUAGCAAAGGGUGAUACCUCUCUGACCCUAAAGGAUGCUGUGGAAGCAGAGUUAAACACCUACAUGCUAACACCUGUAAUAGACAAAGAGGAGGAUCCACUUGCAUGGUGGAAAGUACACAAACUAAGCUUUCCUCGACUCGCCAGACUUGCCUGCAAAUACCUGUGUAUUCCUGCGACAAGCUCGCCAUCAGAGAGUCUUUUCAGUACUAGUGGCAACAUCGUCACUUGCCAACGAACCUGUCUCAAGCCUGCAAAGGUUGAUAGACUUGUGUUCUUAUCUAAAAACCUUGAGUAA